AUGCUCCGGACUGCCAAGACAUUGGGAGCAUUGCCGGCGUUAGAUGAGACUCCGGCAUGGCUUCUUGUUGAUGUAGUUGCGAGAUCCAUUUUAGAACUAAGUGGCAUCGUCUCCAACGAAAAGGCCAAGGCUCUUGCUCAUGACCCCAGCGUAGUCUAUCAUGCUCAGAAUUCCAAAACUUUCCGCUGGACAGAGGAUCUCUUGCCCGCCCUACGGCAGGCGGGCUUGAAGUUUGAUAUCCUUCCCAAGAGAGAGUGGGUGCAACGUCUGCGUGAAUCCGAGCAGGUUCCACAGAAAAACCCAACGAUUAAAUUGCUGGGCUUCUUCGCUGAAAAAUAUGAUAACGACGCCCCUGGUCGUUCAGGACUAACAUUUGCCAUGGAGAAGACGGAAAGCGCGAGCCCUUGGUUGAAAGGUGAUUGA